UGUAGUGUACAGUCGGGUCUGGUGACGGACACCGGACGGACGGGACGCGGGACCGGACCAGUAGAGCAGCACGGAACGUUGACUGUAUUGACGUGUGCCUCUGCUCUCUGCCUGCACAGUGCACACUCUGCCAGUGUUCACCUCACACAGUCGACCUGCCUUCUCUCACAAGAUGUGGCGAUUGGAGUGGUACGUGAGCGUGUGGCCCUGGUUGCUCCCUGUCAAGUAGCGGUAGACGCCAUCAUGCCCGGACUUGUCGUGUUCCGUCGAAGAUGGAGCGUCGGCAGCGAUGAUCUCGUCGUUCCUGGCGUGUUUCUCUUCAUUGUUCACAUUAUAUGGUUUGUGGUGCUGGUGUUGGUGCUGCUUUUGGUGGACUUUGACCGCAGCAUACGAUGUGUCUCACUGCUAUGGCAGCACUGUCUCGGCUACGCUGCUAUCCUUGUUGCCUCAGCUUUUCUCGACCUCAUGAUCUCAAUGGUUGCCAUGAGAGGUGGCAUUCUGGACGUGGAGGCUCGAGCUCCAAUGAAGUAUCUCAUCUAUAUAAGACUUGCUAUAAUGCUAUUUGAGAUGAUCUGGCUAACACUGGCUGUGGUAUGGUUGUCAUUCCACUAUCAGAACUGUCCUGUCGAUGGAGGCAAAGAUGCCAUUCUUGGAAUGGUGAUCUUCAACUGGCUGGUUGUGCUAAGUGUGAUGCUGACCGUGUGGUGUGUAUUUGAUGCUGCGGGCCGCUCCUGGGUCAAGAUGAAGAAGUAUCAGAGGUCUAUGAGAGAAUCUGAAUCCAGAUUUCAGUAUAAGAGAUCAGGAAAUCGUGCAAGGAACUGGAGACAGAGGAAGGUGUUAAGGGCAUAUCAAGACAGCUGGGAUCAUCGUUGCCGUCUUCUAUUCUGCUGCAUUCGCAACACUGAUCGCAACAAGAACUCUUUUGCUGAUAUUGCAAGAUUAUUGUCUGAUUUCUUUCGAGACCUAGAUGUUGUGCCAUCAGAUGUUGUUGCUGGCUUAGUGUUACUCCGCAAGUUCCAGAAAAUUGAACAAGAAGCUGUCGUCAAUCAGCAUAAAAAUGACACCUAUGAGUACUUAUCAGGAGUGCCAGUGACAUCCAACACCAAGUUCCUGCCCCUGAGAGAUGCCCAGUACUACCAACAUUUCCAGUCUGUAAUUCACUACAUGCACUACGCUCUGGCAGCGUACGGCUGGCCAAUGUUCCUCAUGACACACUCCACAACCGGCCUGUGCCAGCUGUGUACAAAGCUCAGUUGUGCGUGCUUCCCCUGUUGCUGUCAGAAGUCUCGUAUAGACCCAGAAACUACUCUUAUAGAAGACAAUUGCUGUAGCUGCAAUUACGCAGCCCUACGCAGCAUGGUAUCUACCGGAGAUGUUGCAAUCGUAUACGCAACAUAUCAUGUUGAUGUGAAUGAAACCCCAUUCUUUGUUGCUAUUGACUACACUCGCAGGAAAGUUGUUGUCAGUAUAAGAGGAACUCUCUCAAUGAAGGAUGUGAUCACAGAUCUCAACGCAGAGAGUGAGACCCUACCUCUAACUCCACCACGGGAAGAUUGGCUUGGACAUAAAGGAAUGGUUCAUGCAGCUGUUUAUAUUCGAGAUAAGCUGAUAACAGAAUCCAUCCUGAGCCAAGCUCUGGCAACAAGCCUCAAGAAGGCGGGGGAAGGCUUCAGUCUGGUGUUGGUGGGCCACUCACUGGGCGCUGGUACUGCAGCUAUACUCGCCAUCCUACUACGUCAGUCACAUCCCGACCUGCAGUGCUUCGCGUACUCACCCCCUGGAGGUCUUCUCAGCAUGCCAGCGGUGCAGUACACUAAGAGUUUCAUCACUUCAGUGGUGUUGGGCAAGGAUGUGGUGCCUCGUAUUGGACUCCAUCAAAUGGAGUCCCUUCGAGCUGACCUCAUAAAUGCCAUUAAACGCAGCAAAGAUCCAAAGUGGAAAACCAUCAGCUGCAGUGUGAUGUGCUGUGGAGCCCCUGUUAUGCCUACAUCCGCAGUCGAGCUCAAGGCUGACAGCAUCACCAUGGAGGAAUAUCGAGCAGAGAAGAACUCUGCUCGUGCAAUGCCAAUCCACCCGUCCGAUUCCUCCAUAGCCCUAACUAUCCACCAACCUCUCUACCCUCCUGGCAGCAUCAUCCAUGUUGUUCGGCAUCACCCUACCAAGACAGAGCAAGUUCUCAACAAGCAUGAUCCAGUUUACCAGGCACUGUGGGCAAAUAACACAGAUUUCGAUGAAGUCCUGAUCUCACCUGUUAUGAUCCAAGAUCACAUGCCUGACAAGGUUCUGGAUGCUCUAUACAAGGUUAUAACUAGUCUGGGUCCUGCUAAGCCACAACGCUCUCUCAACAACAACAACAAUAUCAACAGUACACAGCCAGUGGAUACAGACCAUUGUCAGCUUCUAGCAGGAUCUGGGUCACCACCCCACCGGCUGUGUCUGGAGACCAGCUUCACGUCUGUGCCGCCACGGGCAGGGGCUGACAGUGGUGUAGAGAGUGGGCGGCUACCGUGGGAGUGGGCGGGCAUGGGGCUAGCACCUCAGCCGGAUCUCAUUCAUGAUGAUUGGUUUGGUCUGGCCCCCCUCGCCACUCCUGAGUCUCUCUCUGAGGUCAGCAGCAUCAGCUCUCGUGCCAGCAGCCACCGCCAUCCCCCCGACAAGAAGAAACAUGCCUCGGUUACCUUUGUAGAUGUUCCUAUCAAACACGACUUUAUCAGAGAGGACUGUAAACGAAAUGACAGUGCUCCAACCAAAAGCUGGAAGAGUAAUCUCAAACAAAACUUUUUUAGUGCUGAGAACUUUGUCUGUGUAAAAUCAAAAACGUUAAGCGAUAGUUCUCCUGAAAAUGGCUCAUUGAUCAACGAAAGUAAUGAUAAGUUUUAUAGUGCUGAAAGUGUCAGUAACGAUCAUCCAGGUGAUUGUGCUAACAAAGAGUCUGAACACUUAGAUGAAGAAAAUACAUCAGAAUCGAGUCCGUUAUUGAGCAGUUUACAUCUACUGACUGACGAAAAGUUUAAAAAUUUAUUCAAGGGACAUUUAACUAAAGAUACAGAUGACAGCAUUUCAUCAGGAAGUUUUAAAUCUGUUUCAAGUGAUGUGAGAGAUCUGAGUACAUCUAUGGAUUCUGUUACAGUGAAUGCAGAAGUUCACAGGACAGAAGAAAAGACCUCGUGGGCGGAAAACACCAACUUGUUAGAGGACAUUGAGAGAAGUUUGAACUUGCAGGCAUAUAAUUCCUCCUAUGACUUAGAAAAUAAUAGUCCGAGUGAAACCUCAGUUCAAAUAGAAAAUCUAGCUGAAAACAGUGGAAAUCUGACUGCCAGUGGGGGUGGCAAAAACAAAUACAUAUAUCCAAUUUUAUCAGUUGGGAGGGGAGAGAGCAGUGUUUAGUUCAAAUUGAUACCAUGUACUACAGUGUUCAAAAUGGUUUCCAACUGAUAUUAUUAUUAAUUAAAAAUCUGAUCUCAUUAUGUUCCUAUGUAAAUAGUGAAACUAUUCUUCUUUAAAUUUUAUAUAUUUUUUUUAUUUUUUAUAUUUAAGUUUUAUUGCAAACUUUUUUUAUCUUAAGUUUAAGUACAUAAAUGUACUUGAGUGUUGUUGAAUAUGUACUUAAUUUAAUUUUAGAGACUAUAUAUGAACAUAAACAUAUUAAAGAAUAAAAACUGUUUAAUUUUUAUACAGCAGAAUGUUUGUUAAUAAUGUGAGAGUGGGUGCAUGUUAUGAAGUAUAAGUGCAUUCUUUAGAGUAAAAAGUAGCUGGUAUUGGGUGUUUUUGGUGUACUAGUUAAGUGUUAUUGUGGAGAAUUUAAGAAUAUACUUUGGACACAACCAGUUUUGAAUUUUAAAAAUCAGUUUUUUGGAGGAAAUUAUAAUUAUUAUCAUUACAACCUGAAUCUAUCUCACUGACAACUCUAAAGAAAAUCUCUGUUAUUACUUAUAGAAUUAAUUAUUGAAUAUUAGACCUAUGGUAAAACUAACUGUUUUAUAGUAGAUUCCUUAAGGAAGUGUAAUCAGUUUUUGGUUCCAUUAAUUUUUAAACAUCUAAUAGUUGCAGCUCCUCCCGAUGCCUUCUCUAAAGAUAGGGAAAUAGGAAAAAAUUGAACAUUUAAAGAGAAUCAGCUGAAGAUUAUUUUUAUGUAUGUAUAUUACUGAUACUGAAGAAAACAUGUAAUAUUUUAAAGUUAUUUUAGAUUUCCUUAGGUGAUUUUAUGAACAAAAUAUUAUUAAUUUACAAGUCAUAUAUGUAUUGUAAAAUAUUUACGAAUUAUAUUUAGUAAUUUUUACUUAGGCCUGGUUACAAAACUGCCAAAAAUUACUUAAGUUCCUGCAAUUCGUUGUGGAGUGAUAAAAAAGUUUUUCCAUUUUUUCUGUCUGUAGGGAAGUUAUCUUACAAAGCUGUCUGUGACUAUGACAUUUAAAAAAUCUAAUAAAAACGUAUUCCACCACCUUAA